AUGGCGCGUGCCGAAUCUUCAAAAGACGCCGAGAGUAAUGGGACGAAGAAGACUGCAAAUGGGUCGAAUCACAGCUACGAAUUGCCAUGGGUUGAGAAAUAUCGUCCAAUCUUCCUCGACGACAUUGUAGGCAACACCGAAACCAUUGAACGCCUCAAGAUCAUUGCCAAAGAUGGCAACAUGCCACACGUCAUCAUCUCUGGAAUGCCCGGCAUCGGCAAAACCACCUCCGUCCUCUGUCUCGCCCGCCAACUUCUCGGAGAUGCCUACAAGGAAGCCGUGUUGGAGCUGAACGCCAGCGAUGAAAGAGGUAUCGACGUGGUGCGGAACCGGAUCAAGGGAUUCGCGCAGAAAAAGGUCACUCUGCCGCCUGGGCGACACAAAAUCGUCAUCCUCGACGAGGCCGACAGCAUGACUUCCGGCGCACAGCAAGCCCUUCGGCGCACCAUGGAGAUCUAUGCUGGUACCACCCGCUUCGCCUUUGCGUGCAAUCAGAGCAACAAGAUCAUCGAGCCGCUGCAGUCUCGAUGCGCCAUUCUCCGCUACUCUCGCUUGACCGAUGCCCAGAUUGUCAAGAGGCUGUAUCAAAUCUGCAAGGCGGAGAAUGUAGAGUACAGUGAUGAUGGGAUCGCCGCGCUGGUGUUCAGCGCGGAGGGAGAUAUGCGUCAAGCCAUCAACAAUCUUCAGAGCACCCAUGCCGGCUUCGGCUUCGUGAGCGGAGAUAACGUCUUUCGGGUGGUAGACAGCCCACAUCCGGUGAAGGUGCAAGCGAUGAUCAAGUAUUGCCAAGAGCAGAAGAUAGAUGACGCGCUUGACAUCCUCAAGGAGCUCUGGGACCUGGGCUACUCAUCCCACGACAUCAUCUCCACCAUGUUCAAAGUCACCAAGAACGUGCCGUCGCUUUCGGAGCAUACGAAGCUCGAGUUUAUCCGGGAAAUCGGAUUCACCCACAUGCGCAUCCUUGAUGGAGUGCAGACGUAUCUCCAGCUUGCCGGAUGCGUCGCCAAGCUCUGCAAGCUGAAUAUGAAGCCUCAACUCUUUGUCGUGCCGCAAGGUUGA